GAAUCCGCCAUAUUCAAACUUCCGCCGUGCUGUGUGUUCUGUUGUCAUCGAUCUUCUGUUUUCUUUAUACGUAUAGGGCCAGUUUUAUUACGUUUGGUUUUUCUAUCUUCUUCGCUUAGUCAUAAACAAUUUCGGGUAUAACUCAUCUCACAACGUACAGCCACGGGAAAUGGACGAAAACGAAGAAUUUAGCGGUAGCGCGACGGAAAACAAAAGACACAAACUUCGCAGGGUGUCAUCGAGGACGUCUACGACCAGUAUAAUCAGCGCUGCGGAGCCCUCGCCUCAAACCUUACGAAGAAACAGCUCCAAGAAGCACAUAACUGCGAAAAGACCACCACUGCAGAGAGGCAGCUCCUUCACCUUCCUCACUCCUGGGACUCCGUGGGAUUUCAGCCUAAAAAGAAAGCGCAAAGAGAAGGAGGAUGAUACUGUCAGCCUGUCCAGCUUUGACCUCAAGGAGCCCAGUAACAAGCGUGUCAGAUCACUUGCCAAAGUUUCAUCCCUCGUCAACUUGAUAUCUCCUUCGAAGAAUGGAGCAGUGCGGCGCUUUGGUCAGACCAUCCAGUCAAUGUCAUCACGUGAUACCAAGUCACCAGGGAUGUCCCUCAAAGCUGGCAGCAAAGCUUCAGGCCCGACUCCCACGAAACGGAGAAACAGCACGCUGUGGUCGGAGACGCUGGACGUCCAUCAGAAGAGCACGUUCUCAACAAAAGAGAUCAAGAGACAAGAGGCAAUUUAUGAACUGUACAGGGGAGAGCAGGACCUCAUCGAAGAUCUUCAACUUGCCCGAAAGGCGUAUCACGAUCCGAUGCUAAAGCUUUCCAUCAUGACUGAGGAGGAGCUGGCUCACAUCUUUGGCGACUUGGAUGCAUAUAUCCCUCUACACGAAGAGUUAUUGAUAAAGCUGACGGAGGGAACUGGCCCUGAUGGAACAGUAGCACAGAUUGGGCAGAUAGUGAUAGACUGGCUGCCCGGUCUGAACGCCUACAAAAACUACUGCAGCAACCAGCUUGCCGCCAAAGCCCUGCUGGACCAGAAAAAGCAGGACAGGCGGGUGCAGGAUUUCCUGCAGCGCUGUUUGGAGUCACCCUUCAGCAGGAAGUUGGACCUCUGGAGCUUCCUUGACAUCCCUCGUUCACGUCUGGUGAAAUACCCGCUGCUGCUGCGAGAGAUCCUCAGACACACUCCUCCCGAUCACCCAGAUGUGACCAGUCUGGAGACAGCAAUUACUAUAAUCCAGGAGAUCCUGUCCGAUAUCAACGUGAGAAAGGGGGAGUCUGAGUGCCAGUAUUACAUUGACAAACUGGAGUUUCUGGACGAUAAGCAGCGGGACCCCCUCAUAGAUAACUGUAAGACACUUCUGUGUCACGGCGAGCUGAGGAACAAGAGCGGCUCGAGGCUGCACGUGUUCCUCUUCUCUGAGCUGCUCGUUCUGACUCGGCCGGUGACGCGCAACGAGAGGAGCUGCUUCCAGGUGUAUCGACAGCCCAUUCCUGUUCGGGACUUGACCCUGGAGGACCUGCAGGAUGGAGAGAUCCGCAUGGGCGGGUCCUUCAGAGGGGCUUUCACCAAUGGAGAGAAAGCUAAGAAUGUUUUCCGCGUGAGCUCUCUGGAUCCUUCUCACGGCCAGUCCCACACGCUGCAUGUGAGUGACGUCUACCACAAGCAGCAGUGGCUCAACUGCCUCCGCACCGCCAUGUCCCAACAGCAGGGGGCUCCAGCUAGAGUUCAGCGGGGGCAAAACAUCCCAGCCAAAAGCCACUCCUCUGUUUCCUCAGCCACAGUCUGUGAGGAAGAGGAAAAUGAGAACUGUCCUCCUGUCUCUGGCCCCAAACUGAGGCCCCAGACGCUCUCCAAAACCAGACUGGACCAGAAGUUACAGGGAUCACUGAAGAGGAAGGAAACUGGAGUGUAGAUAUUUAGAGGGUUCCUCUUACAUGAAUUUGACGUGUGUCCUGUUUAGCCACAUUUGCCAGCUUUUUUUUUUUUUUAAUCCAUCUGCACUGAAAAGGCUUCCCCAAUCAUCACCGUCCAAAUGUUAAUCCAACUGUAGCCCUUAAAAUGUGUAAUUAGUUUACAAAAAAAAAAAAAAAAA